AUGGAAUCCAUUGUCCUCAACAACCCCAGUCAAUGGCCAACCUGGUAUAAGGUUUUCCAGGGUAAAGCCACCGACUUGGACGUCUGGGAGCAAGUGGAUCCCGGCGCCGAAAACCCCGAGAAGCGGAUGCCGAAGCCGGAGCCUCCGGCCUUCUCCGACUACAAGAAGAAAGGUAUACCGCGACAUACCCGCGGAUCAAUCAUCGAGGUGUCACAGACACCAGAUAUCGAAGAAGUUCGAUCGAACGAGACGGCUAGAAGCCUCCAAGACCUUGUCAAGGAGGACCGUGAGGAGUAUGUACAGCUCCGGAGCGACUACAACCAUGAUAUCCGUAUCUACGAGCGUGAAGCGGCUGCUCUACGAGAGCUCCGCAACUGGGUCCUAUCGACAGCAGCCGAGAAGUACGUCAAUGCGUGCUGUAAACCUACGGAGACCCUCCAAGCCUGGAUGGUCAAGCUGAAGGGCGUGGCCUCGAUCUCGAACAAUGAACAAAAGAGCGCCGCGCGUGAGGAGUACGAGAAGACCGUCAAGCAAGCGGCUACAAAGCGGAUAACCACGAAGGCCGAGAUCGAGAACUGGCUCGAGCAAUGGGAGGCCGUCAUUGCGAAGACCGCUAUUUCUGCGUUCUACGCUACGUUCGAGGCGAAGUUCUACGAGUCGGACAACCCCUCGAUUAGCGAGAUCUCUGCGGAAGUACGACGAUAUAUACGAAUCUACGCAGAUACCCUAUCGACAGGACCAAGAGCCUCAAGAGGUGCCUUUGCUACAACAAGAGAAGGACCCAAGGAGACCAUGCCUCGGAGUAUAACCAAGAAGCGACAUAGGGCCGCCGAUUCGCGGACCCAAAACGAGAUGCUAACGUGUCACGGAUGUGAUCUGCUACGAUACCUACUUGCCAACUGCUUCUACUGCUUCCCAGAGGAAGCGUAUGAAGGAUGGAGGCCUAGCAACGACAUCAUGAAGAAGGUCACCGAGCGUCUCAAGGCCGAUGACGACCUCGCGGACCGCGUGAAGAAGAUCCGAUUCGUCACGCAGGCGAAGCAGCGCCACACAUCGUUUACACCGCGCAAAAGACUCGCAGGAAGACCGUUCAGAUGGCACCAGAGACUGGGUCACCCGGGCGAGGGGGUGCUGGAGCACCUCGUCAACGCCUCUCGAGGCGUGAAGAUCAUGGGUGACCUACGCAACAAGCUGCCUGACUGCUCAGCGUGUGGAAAAGGGAAGACAAGACGAAUUGUUCGACGUGCCCCACGCGAGUCUAUAGCGUGGGCAAAACCAGGAUCAAGAGUGGCGUUCGACUUUCACUCGAUUAGCCCUCAAGGAUACGGAGGCUAUAUGUCUACGGUAAUACUCUCUGACCGACUAACAGGAUACUCGUGGGACUACUACCUUAAGGACCGUACAACAGAGACGCUCCUCGAGGUAUUCGAUCUCUUCAUGGCCAUGAUGAAGACGCAAUAUAAUAUACAGGUCAAAGUCUUCGAAUGUGACCGCGAGGUUGCAACGAUUCAUCAGCAAGUCGCUACUCACCUUCAAUCUCAAGGGGUGGUCCUCGAACCCUCUGCGCCCAAUACGCAGGCCCAGAACGGAGGCGCCGAGCGAAUCGCAGCAGUUAUCAAGGAGAAGGCUAGGACCCUUCGCGAGGCAGGCAAGUUCCCUGAGAUGCUGUGGCCCGAAAUCGUUGCCGCCGCGACGUAUUUAUACAACAGGACGCCGUCAGCGGCGCGCGGCUGGAAAACGCCCUUCGAACGGUUCCAUAAUCAGUUUCGCGGCCCAGAUCUCGGGAAGCCUCAUCAAGCCCACCUUCGAGCGUACGGCUGCAAAGUGUAUGCGCUCACAACAGACGCACAGCUAGGCAGGAAUAAGUCGAGAAAGCUUCAACCGAGAGGAUGGAUAGGCUACCUCAUUGGGUAUAGUACUAGCAACUCCUACCGCGUGUGGAAUCCGCUUACUGCCCGCGUUAUCACAACGCGAGACGUUGUGUUCAGGGAAACCGAGUUCUUUAAUAGAGAUAUCAACGAGCUGCGGGAUAACCUCAAAGACCUCGACGUGAACGAGCUCAACGCUCUUCUCGCGCGACUAGAGGUCUCGCCUACAGGGAUAACAUCUCCAGAGUACGCACACACCGCAGACGAAGAAGUCGAUGAAGUCCAGUACAUUGAAGACGAAGAGGCACAAGAAUACACCGCACCGCCGUCGCCUAAGUACGUGGAGUCACGAUUCGAACUCAAUACACCACCGCGGACGCUACCCACCUCGUUCUUCGCAGGCCUUGAGGAGGCACUCGGAGUGAAGGGGUGGAGGAAGAGACGUGCUUCGAUCGCUCCUGAGGCGGUUCAUGCACGCGAAUCGAUCCACGAAGAGUUUCCAAUUACCACUCCGCGUACCUCCUGGCAAGCCGCUUUCCUCGGCGGCACCAGAACGGGUAGAAAACGAGUGAAGAUGAAGCAAAAGGCGAAGAACGCCGAUACCAGCCUGGAAGCGGUAGCCCGUGUCAGGUGA